AUAAAAUAAAACCGGCUAGGUGUAACAAUAUUAAUGAUCGCAUCUUGGAUUUUACCGCAUUUCAAUUCUCUCUUCUUACUGAACAGGUACUUGUGUUUAGCUAAUUUUCGCAAGUUAUGGUGUAGUGUAGACUGUGAUUCUUAAAUACAGGUGUAGUCAAAAUAAACAAUGCCUCCCCGAGUUCUUCUACAUUCACAUCAUGACCAUCUCGAACAUCAGGAUUCUGAAGGAAAUGCCACCUUAGCUAAGGCUACAGCUAUGUGCGUCCUCUUCACAGCCUCAUUCAUCAUAGGAAACAUACCAAUCAAGUUAAACCAAUGGCUCAAUUGGAGCUCAGAUGCCAAAAGUAAUUCCUACGUCAAACUUUUACUCGGUUUGGGCGGAGGUGUCCUCCUGUGUACCACUUUCAUUCAUUUACUGCCGGAAGUAAGUGAACACUUUGAGGAGUUGGACCUAACUCCAAACAUCGAAAUACACUAUGCAGAAGUAUUGAUGUGUAUUGGGUUCUUCAUAAUGUAUCUCGUUGAAGAAUGUGUCCAUGUUUAUUUGGAAUACAAGGAGAAACCUCCAGAUAUGAAGAUACCUCUAGAACCAGUUGAUGUGGAUUUGGGUUUGGCUUUAAAACGAAGUAUUUCCAUCAGAAGGGGAGAGAUCCCUGACAUAAAGAAAAUUCGUCAAGAGUUGGCUGUAGAAGCUGAACACCACGGAAGACACUCUCAUUCCCAUGGUCAUUCGCAUACACCUGUCCAUGGUGGAGGCUCAACAGUCGCUAUAAUAAGAGGACUACUAGUGGUACUAGCUCUUUCAGUACACGAACUAUUUGAAGGUCUAGCUGUCGGCUUAGAAAGCUCGCCUAGUACAGUGUGGUAUAUGUUUGGGGCAGUAGCUGCGCAUAAGUUAGUGAUCGCCUUUUGCAUCGGUGUAGAACUAGUAACAUCGGGUUUAAAAACGUAUCUAGUGAUUGUUUACGUAUUUAUGUUUGCUGUUGUGAGUCCGGCUGGAAUAGGUAUUGGAAUAUUGGUCAGCGAAAAUGACAGCUCCUCAACUACAUUAGUAUCUGUGAUAUUACAAGGUUUGGCGUCAGGAACUUUGAUGUACGUGGUCUUUUUUGAGAUUCUACAGGGUGAUAAAAGAGAUGGACUUAAACAAUUCGGGGCUAUACUUCUCGGAUUUUUAAUUAUGUUUGGUAUAACCAUGAUAGACGUUUAAGUUGUAGUAUAAGUUUUGUAAAAAUAAAAAGAUGACAAAUUA